AUGCCAGCGAGGACGGGUUCUAGGAAAUUGGUGGGACUCGUUCUGACGAACUGCUCGGCGCUGGUUCUGCCGAAUGGCGCGCAGACCACGCAGGCUAGUUCAGAAGAAAGCAGACUCGUGGGUCCCUUUUUGGCCAACCGACAGUUUUUUGGGAAGAGCCCACACCCGAGUUCAGCCGUUAGGCUUUGGGCCAGCAAAGAUUCCUGUCUAUUGUUGAUAACCCGACUAUUACGUCGUGAAACAAGAGUCACACUUCAUGCUGUCUUGCGUUGA